UGGUUAGACGUCGUCCAUCCAUUUCAUGACGUCAAAAGCAGGCUCUGUCCGUGGAAGAUGUUAUGAAAUCUGUGCAGUCGCAAAGAUGUAGUUUACGAAAUGCCUGCCUUAUAUUUCCAUACUUUCUGUUACUAAAGGAUCACAGGGGCAGCUGUAUUUGACGGCCUCAUGAGUGUGAUUCAGCUUCUCUCCAGGCUCCUGUGUCUCCUGUCCCUGGCCACUUCAGUUUCUGCUCUCCAUGGCCAUAACAACACCGUGAGCCAUGAGUACUGUGUGCUGGGAGCUGGUCCUGCAGGGCUCCAGAUGGGCUACUUUCUGUCUCGGAGCCAGAGAGAUUACAUCAUUCUAGAGAGAAACACAGGACCUGGAAGCUUCUUCAACAUAUAUCCUCGGCACAGAAAGCUCAUCAGCAUUAAUAAAAUAUACACUGGGAGGCGGAACAAGGAAUUCAACUUGCGUCAUGAUUGGAACUCCCUGUUGAGUGACAGGCCCGACCUCCUGUUUCAACGAAUAAGCCGGGAGCUUUACCCCAAUGCUGACGACUUCCCACGUUACCUUUCAAUGUUUGAGAAGGAGCUGGGGCUGAAGGUUAAAUAUGGAGCUGAUAUAGGGAAAAUUAAAGCAUCAGAAUUUAAUGGAAACCGAGGCUACAUCCUGUCCGAUCAGAAUGGUGUCAAUUACCAGUGCAGUGUCCUGUUGGUGUCUACAGGCCUUUGGGUUCCUCAGCAGGUGGAUUUUCUUGGCUCUGACCUGGUGGAGGGUUAUGAGUCUAUUCCCACUGAUCCCGAGGAGUUUAAAGAACAAGCUGUGUUAAUCCUCGGCAAAGGAAACUCCGCCUUUGAGACAGCCCAAAGCAUCUUGGGAAGAGCAAGCCGGAUUCACUUGUAUAGUCCCAGCCCAGUACGUCUCGCAUGGCAGACACACUACGUUGGGGACCUCAGGGCAGUAAAUAAUGAGCUAUUGGACACGUACCAGUUGAAAUCUCUAGAUGGUCUAGUAGAGGGAAGACUGGAGGAUAUCGCCAUUGUCCGUAGAGGAAAAGAUGGUGGGAAAAGAAGAACAGCUAAGAAAAGAAGUCGAACAUCGGUGGUGGGAAAGGAGCCGCUGUAUUUAACUCUUACUGAACUGCUUGAUGACCAGAAUGGCAAGAACAUUUCAGAGGUCACUGGUCAAAAUCUGCCUGGUUACCACACUGAUAACUUCUCCCUCAGACAGCCGUACGACCGAGUGAUCCGCUGCCUGGGCUUCCGUUUUAACUUCUCCAUUUUUGAUGGAUCUGCGCGGCCGCCCCAAAGCAGCGGUGCCCGAGGCCGCUUGCCAGGAGUAACAGCCUGGUAUGAAGGCAGAGGGACGCCCAACAUGUUUGUCCUGGGUACGGCAGCCCACUCCAGAGAUUAUCGAUCGUCUGCUGGGGGAUUUGUUCAUGGGUUUCGCUACACUGUGCGUGCUGUUCAUAAAAUCCUGGAGCAACGUUACCAUAACAUUGCCUGGCCUGCUACAACAUUACCCAUCAGUCAGCUGCAGUCUUGGAUUCUUAAGAGGGUGAACGAAGCCUCUGGACCGUACCAAAUGUUUGCGGUUCUUGGGGACAUUAUUUUACUGCGAGGGUCUUACUGUGAAUAUCUGGAGGAGUUUCCCCUGCAGGCUCUGCCCCAGCUGUCCGCUCUAUCUGGUCGGCCUCUCUCAGAUCAUGGUCUUCUGGUCUUGGUCAUGCAGUAUGGACUGAACCGGACUGAUACGCUAGGGCCCGGUCGGGCUGAGUCAGAAUGGACCAAAGCCUGGAGGUCCAACUUCCUCCAUCCCGUCCUGUAUUACUAUAACACUCUACCUACAGAGAAAGAUAUGAGAAAGCGUCCAGUUGGUUGGCCACUACCGCGACCCGAUGCCGUUCAUCACAUGGUCGAGGACUUCCUGACUGAAUGGGAUCAGCCCGUAUCACACAGCCAACCUCUCAGGCGCUUCCUUGAGCACUGCCUCCAAACUGACCUCAGGGCCUUUUAUGCUGAAUCCUGUUUCCUUCUGUCCCUCACCAGUCGUACCCUACCCCUCUUUUGCCGCCAAGGUUACUUAAGAAAGCAGGGCAUUGUGGGAAACAGCCACCUAUGGAAACAUGCCCGUGAGGCAGGACUCAUGGCAGAUCAUCUGGGACAUGUUCCUGAAAACCUGAAACAUGCUGCUGCUACAGUUGUUUCAACUAUGAACUUUGACCUUUGAGGGGCAUUAAUGGUACCAAAGACUGAAUCUGUUCCACUUUUAAAAUCAUCUGUUCAUCUACCUCCCACUUCUCAAGGAAUCUACUUGCAUUUUUAAAGAAAACAUCCCACAUCCACUGCGCUCAGACUAUGAUCAAACAUACGGUUAAAUGACAGUGAAAUGAGUAUUACCUUAGUUAUUAUAAGCUAAAGUUUAGCUUUGUAUACUGUUUUAUGGUGUUGGGUUUGGUGUGGCAGUACAAUGUAUAACUUAUAUUUUUAUACUAUUGUUAAAGUUAUAUCAAGAAUUUUCAUGUGUUGACAUGCAUGUAAGUAUAUAUUUAUAACUACAAUAAAAACAUCCCAUCUCUAAAUAA